CGUUGCGAAGCCAACCAGCAGAUGGCGCCAUUCUGCAGUUUAGUUUUCCGUCGCCAGUUAGCUCUCAGUCUCUUGUAGUAAAGGUUCAGUAGAAGAUUUAUAGCCAUGCAGAUGUCUCUGGGGCAGCUGCUGAAAAUGCUGGGGCUCGGAGCAGUGGCUUUGACAUUAGGAGUGGAGUGGGUAAACUGGCUGGCAAGGCGUCUGAGGCCCUGGAGGGGCCCCCAGGGGCCCUUAAAAGAAGUUCUGUUCUUUCCUUCGCCCAUAACGUGCACGGAGCACCUGUACAGCCCAGACCGGACUUCACCAUGCCUCUGUCCCCUCCCCCAUGGGAUUGACACCUCCUUCUCACGGCUGCUGGAGCACCUCCUCUCGGCAUGUGUGUCUCUGGAGCUGUGUGUGUUCUCCUUCUCUCAACUGGAGCUGAGCAGGGCUGUGCUGCUGUUACACGGCCGCGGGUUGGCGGUUAGAGUGCUCACAGACCGAGACUACAUGUCCAUCACCGGCUCUCAGAUCGGUGCCCUCCGCAGGGCAGGGAUCUGUGUGAGGCAUGAGCUGAGUAAAGUCGUGCACAUGCACCAUAAGUUUGCGCUGGUAGAUGGACGUAAACUGAUCACAGGCUCCCUGAACUGGACGGCCACCGCUGUCCAGAGCAACAAGGAGAACGUGAUCGUGACAGAGGAGCCGGAACUGGUGCAACCCUAUCGGGAUGAGUUCUCCAGGCUGUGGGAGGCCAACGACCCAGCCAAUCACAAUCACCAUUUACCCAGCUCCACUGCAACAAAGGGGUUAGUGACUCACGGCAAUGAUGUGUAGAUGGCUUUGGAUUUAAGGUGAAUUAUCUUUUCUUAUUUUAUUAGAUUUUGUUAAAGAGUUUGGAAGUGUUUUACAGAGUGAUAAUAAUCACUUUCUUUCAGUAUGUAUUGUUUAAUUUUGACUGUUUUAUGUUAUGUUUUUAAGUAAUAGAAAUAGUCAUUAUAUAAGAAUAUCAUUUCUGGGACGCCGAGUGGUCUAAAGCGCUGCCACUAUGAGCAGGAGGUCACAGGUUCGAACCCCGGCUCAUUUAGCUUUGCCAUCAAGCUCCCGGCGCUCAGAGGGAGCAAAAUUGGCCCUGCUCCCUCCAGGUGGGUAGAUGGCGCUCUCUCCCCACAUCACUCCUAGGGUGAUGUCCACAGCACAGGGCAUCUCUGAGCUGAUGUAUCGGAACGGAGUCGCUGCACUUUCCUCCGAGCGUGCUGGCUACUCGGUAAUGCUACAUCAGCAGCAGCUCAAAAAGAAGCGGUGGCUGGCUUCACAUGUAUCGGAGGAAGCAUGUUCUAGUCUUCACCCUCCUGGUGUGCGGGGGCAUUACUAGUGAUAGGGGGAGUCCUAGUGAGUGGGUUGGGUAAUUGGCCAUGUAAAUUGGGGAGAAAAUGGGAAAAAUUAGAAAUAAAAUAAUAUAUAUAAGAAAAAUCAUCUCUGUUCUUUCGAUUUUUGACAUAAGGUAAAUCUAGCAGUUGUUCUUUAUAUUGAGUCCAAAUCUGAUAAUGAAUGGACCAAUAGAAAUGGUCUGCAAUGACAAUAAUUGUGGUCUGCAGAAUAACUGUGAUUUUGGAGAUGUGGACUGAUGUGUUUUUGUGUGACAGUGACGAUAUAUUUUGUUAUGUUUGUUACAUUUUUUAAAUAUUUGAAACAGUUAUUCAGUUAUUUUGUUGGGUAUGUUUUACAGAAUGUUAGAGAGAGAGAGAGAGAGAGAGAGAGAAAGACAGAUAUCAAAAGAAAGAAAAUAAAGAGGGAGGGAGAGAGGCGGGGUGUGUGGCAAUGAGAGAAAAAGAGGUAAAGAGAUAGAAAUAAAGAAAAGCUGAGAAAGAAUACAGAAAUGAGGUAGAGAGAUAUAGAUUCCAACCAAGAAAGGAACUUGUAAGAGAGAGGGAGGUAGAAAGGAGGAAAAGAGAAAUAUAGUGAAAAGAAACAGAAGAAAAAAAUAAAGACAAUUUAAGAGGGACACAGAGGAAGGGAGCAGGGAGAGAAAGAAAAAAAAUGACAGAAAAAGGAGAGAAAUAAAAAGAAACUGAUAGAAAUGUGGAACAGGUGCAAAAAAAGGGGCAGGCAAAAAGAAGUGAGUGGCAAAAAAGAUAGAGAAAAAACAGAGAGAGCAAAAUAAAGUAAAGGUGGAGGAAGGGAGAGACAUGGAAAAAAGAGAGAACAGAAGAAAGGAGGAAGACAAAAACAGACUAAGACACAGGGGUGGGGAAAAGACAAUUGAGAGAGGGAUAAAGAGAAAGAAAGCACAGAGGAAAGUAAAAAAUGAGAAGCAGAACGAGGAGAUUAAAUAUUAAGAAAAAAAAUGAAAAAAUGUGGAACAAGUGCAAAAGAAAGGGGAGAAGCAGAAGAAGGCCAGAAGAAGCAAAGAGACUGAAGGGAAAGAAAGGCAAAGAAAGAGAUGAAAGCCUGAAAGAGCGAAAGAAAGGAGAGAUGGAGGAAGAGAAAAAAAGACCAGGAGAAAGGGGCAAGAGAAAAAAAAGAGAAAUGACAGAGACAUAGACAUAGGCAGAAAGAAAAAUGUGAGAGAAGGAAAGAAAAAAGAGGAAAAGUGAAAUAUAGUGGAAAGAGAGAGAGAAGAAAAACAAAGACAAUUGAGAGAGGUGUAAGGAGAAUGUAAACAGGGAGAGAAAGAAAAAAUGAGAGAUAGAAAGAGUGAAAAAAGUGAUAAGAAGUCAGAAAGUGUGAAGAAAAAAGAAGAGAAAGAAAGAAAUGAGGGAUUGUGGGAGAGAGACAGAGAUAUAGACAGAAAGAAAAGAGAGAGAUAGAGAGAGAGGUACAGUGGUGUAUAGCAGUGAGCUGCAGUGUGGGACUCUAUAAUGCAGUGACAGAUGUAGGCCUGGUUCUGCUGUAUAAUAUGUGGCUUAGUGCCAGAAGGCUCUAGUCUCUUUUCUUUAUUGGGUUUCAGACCGGUGUGUGUGUGUGUGCGCCUGUUGGGGGGUGGGGUUUAGGGGUGUGUGUGUGUGUGUGUGUGUGAGAGCCAAGCCUUUGAUUGCUCAGCACUGGGAGCUCUUGACUCAGGGUUAUGGCUCUGAGGUUUUAAAUCUUAACGUGUUCAAUAACUGUUUCCUUUCAGACCUGAGGCUGUUCAGUGAUUGUUUCAGUUUCCUCCAUUCAUUAAAGCACAGCCAAUCAAAUCUUUAUUAUUGUUUGCCCUAUUGUCAUCUGUAUAGCUGAUAUUCACUACCAUUCAAAAGUCUGGGAUGUUUAUCUUGUACUGAGGGAAUUAACCUGUAUUUAUCAUUACUCUGAAUACACCUUUCAAUAUAUUGUGGAUCUCAUCUCAUCUGUACUUGUACAACAGUGUCCAACUACAAAUUUCAUUACAAAUACAACAUAACUUUAUACCAAUACUAAGGUGUACAGUGUGUGCUUAUAACAAACAAUUGAAUUAAACGUUUUUGCAUUUUUGCAUUGUUUCAAUUUUGUCAGUGCCGAUUCUCUGUCUGUUCCAUUUGGAUAAAAUAAAUCAGUACCUUAUAAUUGUAAGAA